AUGAACCUCUUCAACGUCAUGGUGAAGCGUAAACUCGUGGACGAUACCACCGAAGAGGGCCUCUCGGAGGCGAAGGAGGCCAACGCGAGGUUGGUUAGCUCUUGUCAUUCCUUCCCAACAGGAAUGCAUUCUGUAUAAUCCUCUACUACAGUAAAUGUGCUAACUCGUGAAAUGUUAACCGAAAUUCUGAAAUGCGUUUUCGACGCAAAAUUAGGGUUCUAGUAUUAAUUGCUGUGCAGCAUAAUGCCAUGCUACUUCAUUUACUUCAGGAUGUCGACUUUUAUACAAACUUCUUUCCGGUCAACUGCAAAUACUACACUUUGUAAAAGUGACUACUUAAGUAGCAUGAUUUUUUCUCAUUGAUUUUCGAUGUCUUUAUGAAUUCUAAUAUAUUUUAUAGAAAGCGUGCAUAAAAAAUUCAUUGUUUUAUUUAAUAGGAAAGCACGUCUUCUUUAAAUUUUAUACUUAAAAGAAGGGUAUUAUUCGGUUUUAAAACAAUUUCUAAUCCCUGAAUAAUUUUGAAGCCGACCUGCCUUUGCGCCUGCAUUCAGGGUUUCAGUACAAGUUGCAUAUUUUCCGUACACGGAAAAUCAUACAUUUAUACACGCUAUUAAGGGGAGACCAUAUGGGGCUCAUGAAAUUUAGCAGUGGAGUUGAGUAACAAGCAACAUUAGUAAAUGCUGAGACACGAUGUUUUAAGAAUGGGCAUUUCACGUCCUUAAACAAUCUCACCAUUAGCGUAACGGCAGGUCGGGUUCAAAAUUAUUCGGGAAUUAGAAAGUUUUUGAAAACCGAAUAACGUCCUCCCUUCUAGCUCGUCUGAUUUAUUAUAUUGUGGAAUACGCAAUUUGCCGCGAGAGGGUUGACUGAGUAUCAGUCUCACCCUCCUCCCUAUCGUGCGAAACUAUCGACCGAUUGGUGUUGAAAUUUGACUCAGCGGCUGACGUAAGUCGGAUCCCCGUCUAAUGUUAAUGUUCGAUCAAUAAGGUCACACAAAUCUUCGUUGGGAUAGUUGUACUGUCUUGUUGCCUACCAUGACUUGCAUGAUUUUAGAUGGAUCCUACUCACACCGCCUGAGGAAAUUACACGACAAAGAAUAUUGUUCAAUCAUUUUCAAACUAUCUAGACCAAAUAGAUCGUCACCAAGUAUCCAUAAAUUGGACGUGUUCGUAUGCUCGAAGCGUACAUUGUGUUUACUUUCUAGUCCCACCAAGUGCCCCACUUUUAGACCAUCCUAGUUACAUGCAUUCAUAACCUUGUUGUCCAUAUUUCGACCAAUUAGAAUCAAGGCCGGACUGGCAGCAAGCGCGGCCGACGCCGCGGCCAAAGCCGAGGCAAAAGGCACCAAUGGCAGCGGUGCGGGCGGCAGUAAGCGCUCGCGCUCCUUCCUGCUCACGGAGCUGGACGAGUGGAACGAACUGUCGGACGAGGAGGAAGAGGACGAGGAUGAUGAGGAGGAGGAGGGGAAGGGAGGCGCUGAGGGCGCUGACGACGGCCGUCUGCUAGGCUCAGAUGCGGACGACGAGGGCGUAGGCGGUGGACGCGCAGGCGGCGCUCGCGGUGGCAAAAAGAGUAAGACGGCCGCUGCCCGCAGGAAGCAGAGGGCAGCAGCCAUUGUGGCCAGAAAACGUCGCGGCAUAAAGCAGCGCAAACGUAGGCGCAAAAAUGCUGUUGUGGCGGACUCAUCUGAUGAGGAGGACGACGCCAACGAGGAGGCCUGGGACGAGAGUGAGCCGGAUGAUCAUGAGGGCGAUGAGGUUUGUCCCAUGACCACUGUCUUUUCAUUCACCCCCAGUCAGCGGCGACGAGUAGGCGUGGGGAAAAAGAAUGUCCUAUGCGCGUAGACACGUUGUUUGGAGGCCCCGCCUGGUUGUUCUACAGUGUGCAUCUUCCGUUUCUAGUGGAUCCUCAUAGAUUGCUUUAGGUCAGUAUAUUUUGAGGGUAAUAGACAGUGCCUUUGAAAACCCUAUUGAAAACGGUACAUGCAAUAUCUGACUUUAAAUAAACAUGGUACUAAAAUGUCGUCAGUAAUAGAUACACGUAACAUAAUACUUUUUCUCUGAAAAUACAGGACAUUCAGAUGUAGAUGAUAUGGGUAAAAUGAAAUGACAAUCAUCCGCAUUAUCGGUAGGUGUAUGCAGCCCUUACUUGUAGGUGUUCGAGAAUUCAUGUCGAUCUGGACGGCGAAGUCAAGUAUGGCCGUUUCUGACUUAUUCGCCGUCGUCAGACGGCCAUAUCCCAACUCUGGGAAGGGGGAGGGGAGGGAAGACAUGCGAUUCUAACUCGGCUCCAGUUGGUCGUUAGGCCAGUUAGACCGCGGGCUAGUCUUUAUAAGUGUGACUCUCGUCAGCAGUGGCUCCACCGGUAAAGCAGUGUGUUCAAUAACCAGUUGAUUCGGGUUCAAAUCUUAAGUCUUCCUGAUCUGGAGUUGGGGUUACUACGAACUGUCGAUGAUAAAUAAGUCAGAAAUGACCAUUCUGGUCUCUGUGGUCUUUGUCGCCAACAUCUGAAUAUUUUUCCCCCUCACACUAUGCGGACCGCCGCUAAUGUUCCAUGGAAAAACCGAACGCCUGUACUCCUGACUAGGUAUGUACAUGGAGCCCUCACGUUGGCAUUCUGCAGAACAGUCAGAUGAGCUUUUGUUGCCCUCAAUUGGCGCGCUUUUCGACUGUUUAAUGACAGUGCUCCUCUUCAAACAGUAAGAGUUAUUUUCCCUCCCAUAACACAUAUAGGUCGUGUUUAAAGCUGUGUUCUUAGUACCAAACUCUCCGCUCAUGGUGUGAGCGUGAAUCUUGAUGUGCUCGCCGGUUAAGAGUUAAUUUAGGAUCAGAUGACUAUUUCCGGGGUGCCAGGACCUCAUGCUUUAGCUCUUAAUUUCGAUAUCAUCUGUGACCGUCUUCCUACGAAGACCAGGUGAAUGAAACGGACACAACGCUAUUGUCGAACUCAGCAUGCUUUCAUUAUCAACCGCAUGUCAUUUCGGAAAUACUCAAUGGAAAGAUCAAGUAAAUCUGACUUUUCCUGGAGAUACUAGCUUGUCGCCGAUUGCUAGGCCUUAGUUAUGUCUACAAGAUGUCAUGUGCUAGUUUCCAAGUAGACUAGGGUUAGCGUUAGGUUUGAGGUUAAGGUUUAGGUUAAGGUGAGAACACGGAAAUAUUUGCCCAUCCUGGACGUGUAUCAGACACAACCGCAGCCGUAAGGGGAAACCGCGGAGACCGCAAACCAGCAAGACCUCCAGCCAGGCCUGAACGCAGACGCACGUGAACACAGUUCACGCAUGAACAUUGAUGACGGGGUCGCCAGCCCGAUAGGAAGAGAGACAGCAACAACGACCCAACAACCACCGAUGAGACGCGCACGAAGUGUGGAACGGGGGAUCGAGCUCCAGGAGCUACACACCUCGGGGUCGGGUAGGGCUGGCUGACGACGGCCAGUAAGCCAGAAAUGGCCAUUCCAGUCUCCUUUGUCUUUUUCGGUAAUUCUUUUCUGCAUAUAUAUGUGUAUUUACACUAGAGAGAGAGUGACAUUUCUUGUAGACGAAAUAAACUUUGUCGCCUAUACAGUAGAUGUGCUAACUUAUGAAAUGUCAACCAAAAUUUCGAAAUGCGUUCUCGUUUCGAAAAGAUAAAUUAAGUAGUGUUGUAAAACUAAUCAUGAUGCAGCAUAAAUCUAUAAUGAUCCAGUUACCUCAGGGUGUCGGCUUUCGAAAGAACUUAUUUUCGGCUGUAUGCAAGAUCUAUACUCUGCAAAAAAUGACUACUUAUGUAGCAUGCAAUUUUCUCAAUGACUUUCGAUGCCUUUGAAAAUUCAAUUAUAUUGCGUGGAAAACAUGCAUAAAAAUAUUCAUUCUUUUACUUAUUCGGUAGAAAAUCACGUCUUCUUCCAAUUUCAUACUGAAAAGAAGAGUAUAAUUCGGUUUUAAAAAGUUUCUAAUUGUGAAAUUUUUUAAUACCGUUAAAUGACCGUUCACGAAACGUCAUGUAUCUGCAUUUACGAUCGUGGCUUGUAAAGUUAACAAUAUUACUCAAAUCCACUGCUUAAUUUUAUGAACCUCAUAUGGUCUGCUCUUAACACCGUAGAGAAAUGCAUGGUUAUCCGUACACGGAAAAUAUACAGCUUGUAGUUUUGAAACCCUGAAUGCAAGUGUAACAGCAGGUCGGGUUCAAAAUAUAAUUGGGAAUUAGAAAAGUUUUUUAAAACCGAAUUAUACUCUUCUUUUCAGUAUGAAAUUGGAAGACGUGAUUUUCUACCGAAUAAGUAAAAGAAUGAAUAUUUUUAUGCAUGUUUUCCAUGAAAUAUCAUUGAAUUUUCAAGGGCAUCGAAAAUCAAUGAGAAAAUUGCAUGCUACAUAAGUAGUCAUUUUUUGCAGAGUAUAGACCUUGCAUGCAGCCGAAAAUAAGUUCUUUUGAAAGCCGACACCCUGAAGUAAGUGGAUCAUUAUAGCUUUAUGCUGCAUCAUGAUUAGUUUUACAACAAUAUUUAAUUUAUCUUUUCGAAUUGAGAACGCAUUUCGAAAUUUUGGUUGACAUUUCAUGAGUUAGCACAUCUACUGUACCUUCGACACGUGUUCACCUGCUCGUCUUCGAACUUAUGCGUCAUGUACCAGAACAGUUAUGUAGUUUACCAUUCCUCUUACGUAGGUACUAGCCAAAGCCUUCUUUCAUUCUGUCACACCACUCUCCACAGCUCACUGUCUCUUUUUUUUCCGGCUUUCCCAGGUCGACUACAUCACUGAUUCCUCGUCAGACGAAGAGAAGCUGUCAGCUGAUGAACGAGAGCAAAUAUAUCAGGAGACUGGAGUGGAUGAGGAGCAAGGUCUGAAGGCCCUCCUAACAGAUAUCAGUGAGUUUGCCGGCGACAUCACUUGUGCAUUCACUCAUACCGCCACCACUGUUGUUCCUGACAAUUUGUUGGCGGCCAUGCUAACCACCUGUCCGCUCUCCCUUGCCUCGGGUCUUCUUGACUGCGUCUUGACACCGGGUUCAGGUGGAGGAGGAGGGAGUGAGGCAGAUGCUGUGCAAGUCACCGUGCCUGUUCUCACCCUGCUGUAGGUGCAAAUAGUAGGCAUCGUCGGACAUGACGGUCGAACUGUCAGGGCUAUUUGUCGUCCCCUUGUCCUGAAAUCUCUCGUUUGCUUGCUAGAUUGAUGUGUCCCGCACACCGGUGUGUACGCACAGGAACGACAAGAAAACACACCUUCCUCGCCUCUAGUGACGUUUGUAAAAUUUUGACCUUACGGAUUCAGAGGUGGAGAUUCACCACAGUCGUCGACUGGACGCGUGCAGUAGGUUUGCUAUCUCAUGAAGGGCCAAUCGAAAUUCUAAAAUGCGUUUUGGACUCGAAAAGGCUACUUACGUAGAGUUUCAACAUUAUUUACCAUGCAACAUAAUCUCAAGACAUUUCAGUCCGCUUGGGAUGCCGGCUUUUGAAUGAACUACUUUUGGUCGUCUGCAAAACUGCUUUUUGCGAAAAAUGACACAUUUAAGUAAAAUGCAUUUUUUCCCAGUUAUUUGCGAUGCGUCUUUAAAUUCACAUAUAUUUUGCAGAAAACGUGCACAAAAAUAUACGUCCUUUUACUCAGUUGAUAACAAAUCACGUCUUCGUUAGCUUUUUACUAAAAAAAAGAGAGUAUUUUCCGGUUUUAAUAAGUUUCAAAUUAGCAGGUCUUGUAUGACUGUAAAACUUCCAUUCAUAAAACAUCGUACCUCUACAUUUAUUAAUAUUGCUUGUAAAGUAUGCAAUAUGGUUCAAAUCCACCGAAACGUUUUAUGAAUCUCAUGUGGUAUUUCUGAAGAGCGUAUAGAAGUGUGUGAUUUUCCUCACACGGAAAGUAUACAACUUGUAGUUUGCAAACCCUAAAUGAAAAUGUAACGACAGGCCGGGGUUCAAAAUUGUUCAAGAAUAGAAAUUUUUUUCAACUUUAUUACAAUCCUUCUCCAAGUGUAAACUUCAAAAAAGAAGCUAUUCGCGACCAAACGAGUACAAGAUAGUAUAUUUGAAUUUAUAAGUGCAUCGAAAAUUACUGGCGAUACUGCAUACUACUUAAGUAGCCAGCUUAUAUGGAAUUGCGGUUUUUAUAGGCGGCUGGAAGUAAGCUAGUCCAUCUUGAGAUUCUACUACACAAUCAUCACUAUUACAACCCUGCUUUAGUUAUCUUUUCGAAUGGAAAACACAUUUCAGAAUUUCGGUCGACAUUUCAUGCGAUAUCAAAUCGACUGUGGUUAUGUUGCCAUCGCCUCGGGAUCGGCUAUUCCCCUGCAGAUGCCGUGCGCGCAUUUUUUUCCUACAAAUGACUCGUUCUGUCCGCCAACAUUUAAGACCAAAUACUCGGGGCUUGAGAUUCAUCUUGCGCAAUUGCCCGUUUGGCGCAUGCACUGAUGCUAUCGAGCGCCCCUGCCCUACCAUUGUAUAUUCCCGAUCGAAACCGACAGGGCAACGGGCUCGAGACCCAGUGGUUAGAGGCGUGGACUUCUAACUAACAGGUCGCGAGUUCGAGCCUCGGGUCUUCCACACGUCGGGGUUGGGAAUGACUGGCUGACGACGGCUAAUAAGCCAGAAAUGGGCAUUCCAGUCUCCCUUGUCUUUGUCGGUAAUAACCUACUGCAUAUAUAUUCACUGUCGAAAUUGGCAGUACGUGAAUGCUGUCCCUUUGGCAAAGUGGGUUGGAUCAGCAAAAACUGAGCUCAAACCUCAGGUGUUCGCGGUCUGCAGUUGUGCUUGAUACAUGGCGAUAGAAAACACGCCGGAAAUGGCACCUUCGCGAGUUCUAGAUUGUAGUUAAAAGGCGAUGGAAAAUGCUUCUGCAAUCAAAUCAGAAUGGUUAACUAUUCACAUACCAAUCAGCAAGUGUCUGCCUCACAUACUAACAUGUGUACAUCAGUGGUGUAUGUCGUGAUUAGAGCUAACUCAUCCCUGCUUCUUGGCAUCAAGUCUUUGAUCUACCCGACCUUCACGUACACUGUCGGCCCUGAUGUUUACUCAUCGCUUUUUUUUCCACUGCCCACAGAGGCGAGAGAGAGAGAGAGAGAGACUGGAAUGACCGUUUGUGGUGCAUUAUUCGUCGUCAGCCAGCAAAAUUCGUAAAACGCGACGUCUAUAUAGGGUAGUUUUCCCCAUCACAACCGACAGACCAGUGGGCCCAUGUUGCAGUAAUGGGACGUCAGGCUUAGUAUUGAAUGACUUGAAUGCCCAGGGUUAUGCCGGCCUUGUGUCGAAUUAUGACUAACUGACGAUGUUUAAUAAGACAAAAAUGGGCAUUCCAGUUUUCGCGUCCAUUUCGGUAUUUCAUCUACUAGUUCGCUUGGCGUUACGUGGGCGCCUGUGAGGGCUUUUGAUAACGUUCCAGGGCAAAUGAGGACGAACAUGUUCCUUCGGGCAAUCAAGUCGAUGGAGUUUUGCCUUCAAAUGGACGAGUGUUUUGGCGUAUUUCGAAAGUUUGGGUACUCAGUGUAGUUGAGUCGGCUGGAUGUUACAUUUUUACUUGCUAAAUCAUGCCCUAUUCAGAAGUGUUUUUUGCCUGCCAGGUGAUUCCGAUGAGAACCAAGACGAAUCGAAGCGAAACGAGACGCGCGAUGGGGAUGAGGGCGCAGGAGCCAGCGACCGCGAUGGCAGUGAUGACGAGGCGGCCGGACGCAAGCGUACCUCCAAGUCCAGCAGAGAAGGAGAAGGUGGUAACGGGCCACGGGAAGAUAAACGUAAGAGGCACCGCCAUCACCAUCAUCGCAGCAGCAAGGUUGAUGAGAACGAGUCCACUUCCGGCUCCUCAGAUGACGACGAGGAUGCCUCAUCUUCCUCCUCGUCCUCCUCUUCGUCUUCCGACGACGACGAUGACUCUUCCGACUCCGACUUUGAUAUGGCGCCGGAUGACCCCGAGCGGUUGGCACGCAAGGCUCAGAAGAAGGCCGAAAUGAUGCGUAAGAUCUCCGACAAGGUUUCCCCCUCCAAGUCGAUUGCCGCUGCUGCUGCUGUCACUGGCAGUCCUGCUUCAAAGGAGUCUUCAGGUACACCUCCUACCGCCACCUCCGUGACAAAGCGACCCGCUGAGACUGGCGCCACCGAGGAGGAAACGGAAAGCGGUGCAGCUAAACGUCUCAAGACAGCGGACAACGCCGCUACGUCCGCAGCUGAACCCGCAGCUCCUCCACCGGACGACGAGCUGACGGCCCAUGUACGGAAGUACCUCAUGCGAAAGCCCAUCACGGUGACGGAGCUGUUGAAGAAGAUUCGCGUCAAGAAGCUUGUCCCGAAGACGGACGAUGCGCAAACCCUGCUGGCCAAUGCUCUCAGACGGCUGAGGCCCAUCAAACAGAUCAUUAAUGGACAGCAUGUGCUAUCUCUCAAGCGAUAA